GCAAGGGGGAGAGCCAGCGCUGCACAGAGACAGAGAGCCGGAGGAGGAGUGUGCAUGUGUGUUUGAGUAAGCAAGACGUGGAUUUCAGCUCAUAUGGGAUGUGAGUGAGGACAUACAACAAAUUCAACCCUUCAGGAUCAAUUUUCCAAGUCUUGACUGCAAAGAAAAACUAAUUUCAAAGGGUUCGUAGUGGCAGGGCAAUGUAAUACCAGAGUGCAACUGUACUAGAGGACUAUCCAGAGAGCAAACAAGUGCAGGACUGGUUCCGAAGCUAAGAGAUCCAUGCAUUACGAACUCUAGAGUCUUGCAAGCAACAUUUGAGAUCCGUGUGGAGAGGUUCGGAGGUUUCAGUGAUGUCUUUCGCGAUGGUGCGACCGGCUCCCAGCCGAUACCUGUACUCAGAGAUCUCGAUGAUGUCAGAGGACGACGAAAAUGGCAGCGAGAGCUCAGGCUCGGAUGACCGCUCAUUUCGCUUGGACGCCUCGGGGUACGAACUUAAAGUUGGAAGAAAGCGGAAAUCUGGUGUAGGUGGUGGACGGCUGAUAGGCACGUCACCCAACUCCACCGGCACAAUGGCUCCAGUGGUAGAGGGUCGUCCACGCAAUACAGCCAACGCACGGGAGCGGGAUCGCACCAACAGCGUCAACACGGCCUUCACCGCGUUAAGGACUCUCAUCCCCACAGAGCCUGCCGACCGGAAGCUGUCCAAGAUCGAGACCUUGCGGUUGGCAUCCAGUUACAUCUCCCACCUAGGAAACGUGCUCCUGGUGGGCGAAGCUAGCGGGGACGGACAGCCGUGCCACAGCGGAGGGCCUUCGACCUCAAACUACUACCACCACCAUGGCUCGCCAAACCGGGACUCGGAGAACUCGCAGCCCAAACAGAUCUGCACGUUUUGCCUCAGCAACCAGAGGAAAAUGACCAAAGACAGAGAGAGAAAAUCGGCUCUGAGGAGUUAAGCCACGACGUGAAUGGAUUUACAAAAUAUCAUCAUCACCAAUGUACAAAAGCUGAUGACUGCAAAACGCAAUGUUGUGGUGUAUAUAUAUGCAAAUAUCAAUUCAUAUUUAAUUAUUUGUAAAUCGCCGUUGGACUGGAGCAUUUUAUUUGGGGGAAAAAAAACACAUAUGACUGGAAAAAGACCAGACUGCAGCGAUUUGAUUAUGCAAGAGCUGAACAUCCCCACCACAGACUUAAUCCAUUUCCACCUUUUCUGUCCAUUUACACACCAAGCUACACCAAAUGUUUAUUUUUGACAACAGGGAGUUGAGGUAAAGCUAUUCACCAAAGACUAUCUGAAUAAGAGGACUGCAUUUACAAGGUCGCAAAUGAUCACAUCACUUCCCCAGGAGACACAACAUACGGAGCCCAGCUUUACAAAUCAAAACAAUGAAGGAACAUCUUCCAAUAUUCAAAAUCAAAGAUGACCUUGGGAAAGUGCUCAUAUUGAGGACAUGAAUUAAUGCAAACUGAUGUGUGGCACGUUAUUUCUUACAAAAACAUGAAAGACACUUAGCCUGACUAUGAAACCGCAAUAAAUUCAAUAAAUGCAGUAUACUGUAUGUCCAAUAUGGCAAAUGACAUAUAUUCUUCAUUGUUUAAAUUAAAAACGACUGAACCAACAGAGUGAAAACCACCUGCGUUUCUUUCUAGUAUGUCUCAACAUCA